UUCGCGAGGUCGCAGCGCACUCCGCGCACGACGCACACACGUUCUUAAAAGUUAUUCCGCCGGCGUUCCUACAACUUGGGAAGCGGUGCUCCCUACGAUCCGUGGAACGGUGUCAUGGCAUCUGUCACAGCUGACUGGAACGCACUUAUAGCCGUUACAGUUGUCGCCGUUUCCGUGGCUGCGUUAUGGAGGUGGCGGCGAAACAGAUUCAACCUUUUCAAGGAACGAGGGAUUCCUGGCCCCGAGCCAAGUCUUUUCUCGGGAAACUUCUACCAGUUCUGGCAUCAGGACACAAUCAAGGUUAUGGACGAGUGGUCAAAUACCUAUGGUGACAUCUACGGGUUCUACAACGGCGAUGCUCCAUUUCUCAUGGUCAAGGAUCUCGAACUUCUUAGGCGCGUCUUCAUCAAGGACUUCCCCAUGUUUGUGGACAGAGGGGAUGUGUGGGCCCUGGUUAACGCGCGCUCCGAGCAGCGAAACUCCAUCACCUUUGCGAAAGCCGACCGGUGGAAAUUCAUCAGGCGGUUCGUCUCCAUGGCCUUCACAUCGGCAAAGUUGCGACCAAUGGUGGGCAACAUGAACGAGGCAGUGGACCAUUUCCUCGACUUGUUCGAAGCCCGGUGUCGAGAAGCCUCCGACGGACAGGCGAACGCCUGCCCGCUUCUUGGCACUCUAGCUUUCGAUCUGGUUGCCGAGACCGCCUGCGGUAUCUUCCUGGACGUGCAGAACAAGCCGAAUGACGAGUACUUCUGCUCGGCCAAGACGUACGUCCUCAACGUCAUCGAAAGUACCUACCAGAGGGCUGGUCAGUUCUUCUCAGGAGUAAAAAGCCUCGUGGCAGUCACAUGCAUCCUGGAGCGGUACUUUGGAUAUGAGCCACUCGCGGGCCUGGCCAAGAAGGCGGAACCUAUUGUUGCAAUCAGGGAAAAAGACCCAAGCCUCGCUCGACCAGACUUGCUACAGAGUCUCCUGGAAGCCAAGGUUCCUGAAGAGCUCCUUACGCGGCGGGAAUUUCGCGAGCGUACAAAUGACAAAGGGGACUUCCUCAUGCCGCUCAAGGAUGUCGCUUGCAAUGCCGCCGCCAUAUUGACUGCUGGGUUUGAGACUGUAUCCGCCAACACCUCUCAAUGCGUGUUCUGCCUUGCCAAGUAUCCAGAAGUCCAAGAGAAAGUGAGGAAAGAAGUGAACGCAGCCUACGAAAAAUACGGUGAAUUCUCGUACGACGCCAUCAGUGACCUACCAUACACGACGCAGGUGAUAUUCGAGACGCUUCGCCGUUAUUCUCCAGUGAUCGCGUUCACAUCAAGGCAAGCCGCCUGUGAUUACCGUUACAAGGACAUGAUCCUGCCAAAAGGGCUCAACAUAAUGGCCUGCACCCAACAGAUACACAUGGACCCGCGUUACUGGGACAGGCCGGAAGAAUUCGAUCCCGACAGGUUCUCUCCUGAACAGAAAGAGUCGCGGGAUCCACUCGCCUUCCAGCCUUACGGAAUCGGGCCUCGCAACUGCGUGGGCCUUAAGUUGGCGCAGCUCGAGAUGAAGCUCAUUGUUGCCAAGCUGGUGCAUCGUUUCCGGCUGCACUUAGGCUCCAGACACGAAAACGGUGAAUUAGAACUGAAGACGCAAUCCAUCGUAGCUUCGCCCAAAAAAGGCGUCUGGGUCAGCGUUGAGAAGAUACGGUAGCUGCGCCAACGACGAUGCCCAGGAGGUGUGCGACGUACGCUCGACAUUUCAUUUGUAAACAAACAAAAAGCACUCAUUUAUAACCUCCCGAUUCUCAUUUUGUGGACACAUGCAGCGCAAAUGGUGGAAUAUGCACGCCCAUGAAAAAAAUUCUGGAAACUACUUAUGACUUAUACUGACAGCAAGGCCAUGGAAGUCAUGGGAGAUGUCAUAGGAUUCCGCAAAAGCAUUUCCUCUGGCGUUUGACGACUAAGUUUUACAUAUAAAAAUCACAGAGUAAUAAAUAAUGCCAAUUUGCUGUAUUAGAGUUCUUCGGAUUAGGCCGGCAUGUCCUUUUUUGCAACCGCCUACCUUUGAUGACGUCACAAAUAUUGUCUCUUUCUUCGCUAUAUAUGUUGAUUCGAACACGUGUAUGGGUGUGUGUGCACAAAAAACCUACUUAACUUAGGCCAGAUUCGUUUCAUAGUUUUGAUCAAAGGACUUUGAUGAGGUCCGUUAUUAUUAACUCGAAAGAUGCGCCGCUUGUUUGAUUGCCUCAUUUAUCUAAUCGUGGCGCUUGAUCUUUGUGAACGAAGUAUGUAUAAUCAUAGACGCCAUCUCAUCAUUCUCAGACAACGAAACCAGAAAGAAGCGAGAGAAAUGAGAACACACUUAGGACCCUGAAAUUAAGAGCCGUAGAGCAAGCCCACCUUUUCCAACGCUUUCCUAUUAUUUUAUGUUCUCUCAUUUGGCUACUUUUUUUUUUCAUGCACUACACUGAUUACACGAACCUUUAGCUGAACACUUGUUUUCAUUACCGAAGUUAUUAGAGGAACAUCGUCCCUUGCUCAUGUUUCCUAUCAAUUUUGCAGCUCCGCGUACGUUUCUUUUUUUUUUUUCAAGCACUUACGUCAUUUGACCCUAAGCUUCAGAUAACCUCAGGUGCCCUCAGCUCUUUCAUCAUCUUCAAAGUUUCUCGGCCCUUCUAUAGAGUCCUGUAUCUUGCUUUGUUAGGCGUCAGCGGAGGAUAAAAAAAAAAGUUGCGUUAGGUCAAAGUGUUCGCCCUGUUGCUCAUAAUCUGAUGGCGCUCAGAAGUUGAACCGAAUUCAGUGGGAUUACGUAACACGAAGGCGCGCUCUUGGAAAGUUAUUAUCUCAAACAAAAAUGUGAAGGCGGUAAGGGAGUAUUGGCGCGUUGACUACGAAGUCACCUCCCGAACGACACGAGCGGUGGGUUUUCGAUGGCGACGAUUUAAUCUUUAAUGCAACACUAUACGUCGCAUGGACUUGUCGCUUCACGCGAGCAUUUCCGCUCCACAAGGCGCAAAGGCUCUACCCCUGCUGCUUGCACUUCCCGAUCCAGGGAUUGUGUGUCGCUGUGUGCAUAUAGGGCGAUUAAGGUCUUCGAGGUUCGGUUCACACAGCGGUCGCCAAUGACGCAACCGGGCUAAUGAAUGACGUCAGUGCGAGCUUCAGUAAGCGGAAUAAUUGCGUCACCGUCGCUCGUCGCAAGCUCGUAAUGUUUAGACCUGACAGUAAUGACGCAAUGCUUAAAAGCCCGCAGUAAUAGGCCAUUCUGUGUGGGAUAAUUGGCUCAAGCAGCAUGAAGCUUACUACUCUGCUGUCGGCGUCAGAUAUGGUGUUGACGGAAUGCCUAUGAUGACGUGAAUGAGUAAUGAAAUUCACAAUUUUGCCGUCGCCAGAAUACGAGAAG